AUGCAUCGUCGCCUUCGAAUUCAGUUCCUUUUCUCCACAACACCGUUGCCUUGGGGCAGCUCGCUGCUAGGGCAGCAGUUUAUUCUCCAGAAUCGUGUCCACUACCACCAACUUAUUCACGAAAGAAAGAGGAAACCCCGCGGUGACAUUCCCGCUGCCAGCCCCUUCGCUUCUCUGCGGUUCCGAUCCUCAGGACCCGAUUCACCAGAAGGGUGUGAUGAACCCUUUGCUUUGUCGUUUUCAGAACCCGGGUUUAAAGCAAUUCCACCAGAUGAGUUCACUGCAAUUUUUAAUACUCGCCCCGUGGCGGAGCGUGCUGCAGCAAUGGUAGUUGCACGUCAGCAUGCCAGUGGUCGUGUAGGACUUAAGGUGUUUGUUGAGCAGCUGCCAAAAGUAAGCCGUGACAAUAUCUUCGGCAGCGGAAUGGGUGUCGAGGAAUGGUUGCAGAAAUGCCUCCUCCUUCGGCUCGUGGAGGACGCUCAUGGACUUCGUCAUGUGGAACUUACCGCCGAACCGAAGAGUUACCUUGCUGAUGUCGAUAAGGACGAAUCUGAGACGGUUAAUGAAGCGGGCGAACGUAUCGGGUCGCAUGCGUCGGAAGGAACGCACAGGGGACUGGUGGGCGCCGCCGAAAAGCUCCUGGACGUCCUACGCGACGAUGUGCUUGGGCGGCGUGAGAGGGAUGAGCCUAAUUACAAACCCCUCAGCGAAGCCUAUUCCCUUCUCUUGCGGGAGGGCUCUCGAGUUUGUGAACUCAGCGGUACUGUCCAUACGGUUAAGUACGGAGACUUUCUUAGUUUGCUCCGCACGCCGCGCGCAGCGGGAGAAUUCUGGGUGUUGCACGACAGGUACAUUUGCACUCGACUUGCUGGGGAGUCAAAGCCUCCACGUUUCGUGUCACCGCAGCCGCAAACACGUGGCGCAAAUUCCAUGAACGCCUAUGGAGGUUGGGCCGCUGCAUCUAAUGUGCCCACGCGUGAAGAUGUGUAUGAAAUCCUGAAGUACGUUCCUGUUAACUGGGGAAACUUUGGAAACCUUAACUUACCACCGGCGGUAAAAAAGAAGCAUAUUCGUAUUUCCUCCACGUUGCAGUGGUUUCGUCGUCAGCCUUUCUACUUUGAACUCCGUAGCAUCGCAGGAACGACGGAGAUCCGGCGUAGCAUAGUGUUGCACCCUGAGGCGCAUGGGCUAACGCCCGAAGAAGCCCACGAACAGUUACAGCUCAAGAUUGCAAAGGGGGAAGCCAAUAGUUUGAUUCCUCUCAAUGCGGAAGGUGAAGUUACGAACAUGGCUGGUGAGUCUCAGCAGCUUGCGACGAUCCUGAAGUUUGUUUCGCGCGUUUGUCCCGGAUACUUUGUUCCUUCGUCCCUACUGAUGCAGCGCUACACAAAGAAAAACUUAACUCAUAACGAAUUGAUUGGCUGCGUUAAGAAUCACCCUGCCCAAUUCGAAGUAGUUCAACUAAGGUACACGGACACGCCUCUUGUGAGAAGGCGCAUUGGGGCGAACAGCGACCGCUGGAAGGGUCAUUUCAUUGAAGACUUCGAGCAAUUUCCGGAAGACGUUCGAGGUCUUAUAAUUCUCAUGGGACGCGUAUGCACGACGUGGGAUCGGUCUCACUAUGUCUAUGUUCGCCUUACGGAAGAAGAGAAAGUGAUGGUUGGUGGUUUUGAGGGGAUGAUGCACAUUCUGAAUCGUCAUCCCCGCAUAUUUCGUGUUGGGGAGAACUUCAUUGCUCGCGUAGACCUCUCCGACCCACUUUCUUCACAGGAGCCCGAACCCGCACCGGGCGAUAUGGCGACACGUGUCAUCAUCCGUGAGGAGAAUCCGUACCAAACGCCGCGCGAUUUGGCUGUUGUGUUUCACUAUGUGGCCCCCGAUGACGAACCAUGCACAGCUGCCUUCUUCCUUCAGUGCGCAAGUCCUGCGAUGCGGGCUGUGUUGCCACCGCGUAUCGUCACUGUCUUGCAGUUGUUUCCUGAUCUUUUCGUUUGCAAAGAGACGUCGCCCGGAGUUUUCUUAAUGCGGAAAGUGAAGAAAGUUAGUGGGGGGCGAUCUGGCAAUAUUUUUGGUGAGGCACCCAUUACACCGAGAACGUCUGGAGAUGCGCGGUCGCCUUCCAUUUCUACUCUCUCUUCCCAGGCUAACGUCUCAGCUGAAUGUUCUGGUGAGUCGCUCGACUUGGAGGCGGAAUUCGCAGAGAACGACUUUUUAUCUCGUGAGGAAGCCGUGCAAGCGGUGCGAAGUUUGAUACCGGCGCGAGGAGUUGAGGCCUCGCAGCUGCUCCUCUGGGCUUCGCUUAGCGUUCAGCAAGCGGCUAAUCGACACUAUGGUGGAGUGCUGAAAUUGGUUGAGGCGAACCGUGCACACUUUCGCAUUCAAGAUACCCCUGAGGCAAAAAUGGUUUUUCUUGUUGAGAGUUGA